UACAACUGUCCCCCACUUCCUCUCCUGCAUGAGAGGAUGAACCCGGAGAACAGCAGCUUUGGACGGUUCCUAUAAAUUCUGCUCUCCUCUGGUUUGGCAGAGCAGCAUUUUCCCGUGGCAGAAUGGAGAUGGGCAGAGCUUAAAUGAAAAGGCUUUUAAAAAGAAUCUUCCAGUUUUUAGAGGAAAAGCGAUUAAAUAUGCUUAGCUCCUGGCAAACACAGUUCCACCUUGGGCAAGAAUCUCUCAGCAGAGUGGUGACUGAGUAUUUUGAAGCCCUUCAAGCAGUGGACAGAGAAGAGCUCCUAAGGACCUGCUUUUCCAGAGAUGCUGGGGAAUUCUGGCUUCGCUUUCCCUCUUCACCGGGAAAAGCAGCACAUCUCCUGUAACUCCCUAACCUUGGGGUAAUGCCGAACAGCUGCAGGCUUUUGCAUGAACUGCAGCAGCUUAGCAAGCAAUACAGCAACAUCAAGCUCCUGCAGCUGGAUGUGGUCUGUGAGAACAGCAUCAAGAAAGUGGUCAAGGAAGUGGAAGAAAUUGUGGGAGACAAAGGGCUGAACUGCCUCAUCAACAACGCUGGCAUCAACGUGCUCGCCUCGCUGGAGGAGGUCACGGCAGAGACCAUGCUCACCAUUUAUGAAACCAACACCGUGGCCCAGCUGAUGGUCACCAAGGCGUUCCUCCCGCUGCUGAGGAAGGCAGCACAGCUGGGCACUGGCAUGGGCUGUCACAGAGCUGCCAUCAUCAACAUGUCCUCUCUGGCUGCCUCCAUGCAGCUCGUCCAGGCCAACGAGAUGUUCCUCAAGGUCUAUCCCUACAGGAUAGCAAAGACUGCACUGAACAUGAUCACCCGGUGUCUCGCUGCAGACCUGAAAUCAGACGGAAUUCUCUGCAUUUCCCUGCACCCAGGCUGGCUUCAAACAGACAUGGGUGGAAACAUGGCUCCCAUGCAGGUGCAGGAGGCUAUCCCAGGUAUUCUCUCCGUUCUGGACCGUCUCGGUGAAAAAGAAAAUGGAUCUUUCCUGGACUGGCAAGGGGAAACUCUGCCGUGGUAGAAGUGCACAGAACUCUCCAGGAACAGCUCGUCAGUCACAAUUUAACCUUGCCACUCCUGUCUGUGUCUCUAGGGUUUUGGUUUUUAUUUUACACGCUUGUUGAAAUAGCCAGUCUGACACUCAGCCUCUCUCUAGGUGUAUUUGGAAAGCAAAGGGGCUGAGUCUUUCACUUGGUAUUGCUACUGCUCUGCUCUAAUGCUCCCUGCAAACACUACUGUGCUUUCGGUGAUGGGCAUCUCCUGGAGCCCUCUGAGAUGGAUUCAAACCUGCAAGUUACAUCCAGGGGCUGCUGCUUCCUUUCCACUUCCAAACCCAAAGUGGGCUUCUGGCUCUUAGCAGAAUUAAAUUACCCGAGCUCAGAGUAAGGCCAGUGUAGGCUGUCAGGUUCCAGUAUGCUUAGUUAAUUCCAGAAAAAAACUCCUUUGAUUUCCUUUGUUCUUAACUGAGCCAAGGCUCAGCUCUAAACCAAGGGAAUUUGGUACUUCUGUGAAUUCUGUGGCAAACUCUGAGUGUGCCCAGGUUGCCAGUGUACACCAGGCACUUGCUUUGUUCCCAGUGGGUGACUAACAGCCUGAUAUGGGGGUGGGAAUGUUGUUUUGUACAUAAACUUCUGAAAUGUCUUCAAUAAAGUCUUGAUUAAAUAAACAGUCUGUUUAGCGAA